AGUCUCUACAGCAUCAAAGUCCCUGCUGCUCUAAUCCUCCCUGUGGCGUCUGUGUUGUAGGCACGGGUAGCGGCUCCCUCUCCCACGCCAUCCUGCGUACCAUCGCCCCCACGGGUCACCUGCACACGGUGGAGUUCCACCAACAGCGGGCGGAGAAGGCAGCGGAGGAAUUCAAGGAGCACCGCGUAGAUCAUCUGGUCACCGUCAGGAACCAGGAUGUGUGCAAGGACGGGUUCGGAGUGAGCGGGGUGGCAGACGCUGUCUUCCUGGACAUCCCCAGCCCCUGGGAGGCAGUGAGGCACGCCAAGACCGCUAUGAAGAAACAAGGAGGUCGGGUGUGUUCGUUCUCUCCAUGUAUAGAGCAGGUCCAGAGGACGUGCGAGGCUCUGGCGGAUCAGGGCUUCGAGGAGAUCAGCACCCUGGAGGUCCUGCUGAGAGUCCACGACGUGCGAACCGUUUCCCUGCCGCUGCCCGACUUUGGCCCAGACCCCUCCGCUCAGACUCAGCCUGACACCGCGGAGAAAACGCCUCCAACCUCGGCUCCAAGUCAGGCCUCCAUCACCUUGAAGACCACCACCCCGCCCAGAGAAAUACCAGGUCACACAGGGUACCUCACCUUCGCUACCAAACCAAGAACCUAAAGCGAUUUUUCUUUAUUCUCACCACCAGUAAAUAGGAAAAGGUUUAUAAUCCGUACUCUUUGUUUCGCUCCUGUGUUUUCCCCCGCUGGAUACUGCGAUAAUCCAGCGGGGGUACCAGGUUCCUCCAGGUCCCGGUUGGCACUGCAGCACCAAGAGGAUUUGCACUCUUGUGUUACAUAAUUUUGAGCUCCUGUCACUUGGCGCCGGUUUGUUGCUUGCAUCAAGCAAGAGUGAAAAUCAAGUCGACAGCGAUUUCAUUUGAGGAGGAUAUACUUUAUAGCUUUUUGGAUCACGAGUGAAAAGGAUGCCUCCCCUUUUAUAAAAAUCACUUUUUAUCAAUCAUUUGUUGGGGUAGGAACAAUAAAUGUGUGAAAAGAUC